CCUCAAUCAUUGAUUGUCUUGACUUUGAAACCCCGAUCAUUGAUUGUCUUGACUUUGAAACCCCGAUCAUUGAUUGUCUUUACUUUGAAACCUCAAAUACUGAUUGUCUUUACUUUGAAACCUCAAUCACUGAUUGUCUUGACUUUGAAACCUCGAUCAUUGAUUGUCUUGACUUUGAAACCUCAAUCAUUGAUUGUCUUUACUUUGAAACCUCGAUCAUUGAUUGUCUUCACUUUGAAACCUCGAUCAUUGAUUGUCUUGACUUUGAAACCUCGAUCAUUGGUUGUCUUGACUUUGAAACCUCGAUCAUUGAUUGUCUUGACUUUGAAACCUCGAUCAUUGAUUGUCUUGACUUUGAAACCUCGAUCAUUGAUUGUCUGGACUUUGAAACCUCAAUCACUGAUUGUUCUGACUUUGAAACCUCAAUCACUGAUUGUUCUGACUUUGAAACCUCGAUUAUUGAUUGUCUUGACUUUGAAACCUCGAUCAUUGAUUGUCUUGACUUUGAAACCUCGAUCAUUGAUUGUCUAG